AUGACCAUCACUCUCCUCCAUCUCGAGGUGGUCAAUGUAGAGGCAAGAGUUGCAACUCCAUCACACUCGUCGAGCAGCAACGACAAACAGCUAAACGACAGCCUGACGAGGAUCAAAAACCGCCUGCGCCAUCGGUUUUCCCGCCGCAUCAUCCUCGCGCCAUGGACGUCAAGCAGUACAUUGGCGACAAUGUCGUUCGCAUCCUUGGGUCGUCCGACAGCGCAACGGUCGACUUUGUCCACUCGGCUGCCACAUCGUCCAAAACAGCUGGUGACCUCUACCAUACCCUCGUCGGCAUGGGUCUGGACGAGACGCCAGACUUGAAAGACUUUGCCACUCAGGUCCACUCGCUCAUCCCGCGCAAGACGAAGACCAAGACGCCAAAGGCCGCCCCUUCGGUCAACUCGCAGAAGUUCUCUCUAUUGCUCGACGACGAGCCCUCCAGCUCGAAGAAGAAGAAGAAGGACAAGGUUGAACGCGAGACUGUCAAGCAGUCGCGGUCGUCACGGAAACGCGAAACCGAUGGCAACUGGGACGAUGAGCCCGAGGACCUGGAGCCCAAGCGCGCGAGGAUAGACUCGCCUACGCCACCACGAGAGGACCUCCCGCCAGAAGAGACGGAGGAGGAGAGGCGGGAACGCGAGGCGGCCGAAGACUUGGCCGAGCGAGAUGCGUUCGCGGCGCGCAUGCGCGACAAGGACAAGGACCGGACGAAGAAGGUUGUUGCGGACAGGACGGGCGAGGGCGGCAAGGAGGCAGCGAGGAGAGAAGCGCUCGCCAAUGAUCCUGUCGCCCGAGCCUCUGUCAUGGACGACCUGCGUCUCCACUCGCGUCAGGAGUAUCUCUCCAAGCGUGAGCAGCAGCGACUCGACCUGCUCAAGAUGGAGCUCGAGGACGAGAAGGUCCUGUUCCGUGGGCAGCAGCUGUCGAAGCGCGAGAUGGAGGAGUACCAGCGCAAGGUCGAGCUCGUCAAGAUUCUCGAGGCGCGGCAGAAGAUCGAUGACGGCACUGAGGGCUACAUGCUCCCCGACGACUACAUCACCGAGCAAGGUCGCAUCGACUCGAAGAAGCGCAAGAACGCAUUGUAUAAGCGCUACGACGAGGCCAAGCCCAAGGACGGCGAGUUUGUCACCGACAUCGACACAUGGGAGGAGAGCCAGCGGUACAAGACCGACUUGACCACCGGCGCGCUCGACAAGGUCAUCAUCGAGGACGAGUACGACUAUGUCUUCGACGAGUCACAGGGCAUCAAGUUCCUGCAGGAGGGCAAGCUGAACGGAACGUUGACUGCUGAGGCGCAAGCCAUCAUGCAGCAGGUCGAAGAGGCGGAGAAGCGCGCGCAGAGCAUCGACGACACGCGCAAGUCGCUACCGAUCUACGAGUUCCGCGACGAGCUGCUGGAGGCUAUCGCCGAGCACCAGGUGCUGAUUGUUGUCGCCGAGACGGGUUCCGGCAAGACGACACAAUUGCCGCAGUACCUCCACGAGGCUGGCUACACCAAGGGCGGCAUGAAGGUCGGAUGCACGCAGCCGCGUCGUGUCGCCGCCAUGUCGGUCGCCGCCCGUGUCGCUGAAGAAGUAGGCACGCGACUGGGUCAGGAGGUCGGCUACUCGAUCCGUUUCGAGGAUAUGACGAGCGACAAGACGGUCCUCAAGUACAUGACGGACGGUAUGCUUCUUCGAGAGUUCUUGACCGACCCCGAGUUGUCAACCUACUCGGCGCUCGUUAUCGACGAGGCCCACGAGCGUACCCUGUCCACGGAUAUCCUGUUCGGCCUGGUCAAGGACAUUGCGCGGUUCCGACCAGAGCUCCGCCUGCUCAUCUCGUCAGCGACGAUGAACGCCCAAAAGUUCUCCGAGUUCUUCGACGGUGCGCCAAUCUUUGACGUCCCUGGCCGUCGCUUCCCCGUCGACAUGUUCUACACGCAGCAACCCGAGGCCAACUACAUCCACGCGGCGGUGACGACGAUUCUGCAGAUCCACACCACGCAGCCAAAGGGUGACAUCUUGCUCUUCCUCACUGGUCAGGAUGAGAUCGAGGCGUGCGAGGAGAACUUGACCGAGACGAUGCGGACACUAGGCGACAAGGUGCCCGAGCUGAUUAUUGCGCCCAUUUAUGCCAACCUCCCGAGCGAGCAGCAGACGAAAAUCUUCGAGCCGACACCAGAAGGCGCGCGCAAGGUCGUCCUGGCCACCAACAUUGCCGAGACGUCCAUCACCAUCGACGGUGUUGUGUACGUUAUCGACCCCGGGUUCGUCAAGCAGAACAACUACAACCCAAAGACUGGCAUGUCGUCGCUAGUUGUUGAGCCUAUCUCACGCGCCUCGGCACAGCAACGUGCGGGCCGUGCUGGUCGUGUUGGUGCAGGCAAGGCAUUCCGCCUGUAUACCAAGUGGGCGUUCAAGAACGAGCUGCCGCAGGACACGAUCCCAGAAAUCCAGCGUACCAACCUCGGCAUGGUGGUCCUCAUGCUUAAAUCCCUCGGCAUCAACGACAUUCUCAACUUUGACUUUUUGGACAAGCCGCCAGCCGAGACGAUCAUCCGGUCGUUCGAGAUGCUGUACGCGCUCGGCGCGCUCAACCACAAGGGCGAACUGACACGUCUUGGGCGACGCAUGGCCGAGUUCCCUGUCGACCCGAUGCUGUCCAAGGCCAUCAUCGGGUCCGAGGUGUUCAAGUGCACGCACGAGGUGCUAAUCAUCAUCUCCAUGCUGCAGGAGUCGGGCUCGCUGUUGUACCGCCCCAAGGACAAGCGGGUGCACGCCGACCAGGCGCACAAGAACUUUGUCAAGCCCGGCGGUGACCACUUCACCCUGCUCAACAUCUUCAACCAGUGGGCCGAGACAAACUACAGCCAGCAGUUCUGCCAGGAGAACUUUGUGCAGUACAAGUCGCUGUGCCGCGUGCGCGAUAUCCGCGACCAGCUGGCGAGCCUGUGCGACCGUGUCGAGGUGGUUAUCGAGUCCAACCCCAACGAGAUUGUGCCGGUACAAAAGGCCAUCACGGCCGGGUACUUCUACAACACUGCGCGCAUCGACAAGGGUGGCGGUUACCGCACGACCAAGAACAACCACACAGUGUUUAUCCACCCGAGUUCGUGCCUCAUCGGCAUGCAGCCCCCGCCGCGCUUCAUUCUCUACUACGAGCUCGUGCUCACGUCGAAAGAGUAUAUGCGGCAGUGUGUGCCGAUCGAGGGGUCGUGGCUGUCUGAGCUGGCGCCGCACUACUUCAACAAGAACGAAAUUGAGAACUUGCUCGGGUCGGCGAGCCGUGUGAAGAUGCCGAAACAGAUUGAGAGCACGCAGCAGAAGGUGGGACCGGUGGCGUAGUAGUUGUAUCAGUAGUAGCAGUCAUCAUCUUGCAUUGUGUGGGCGGG